GCCAUUUUUGUGAGGAGCCGCCACUCCAUAGAGGGGACAUCAGUUGUGUUCAGGAGGACAGAAAUCCUAGUCACAGAUACACCUCAUCCCAGGAAUUCUACUCUGUAUCGUCUCGCCAAGCAGCUAUUACAGAAAUAUCACAAGAAAGUGAGGCCAGUUCAUGACCGGACUAAGGCCACCACGGUAUACCUGGAUGUAUUUGUCCAUGCCGUAUUGGAUGUGGAUGCACAGAAUCAAAAAUUAAAGACCAGUACAUGGUACUAUGAGGUUUGGGAUGAUGAAUUUUUAUCCUGGAGCCCCACCAUGUUUGAUGGGAUCAGGGAGAUCUCUCUACCUCUAAGCGCCAUCUGGGCCCCUGACAUCAUCAGUGAGUUUGUGGACAUUGAAUGAUCACCCGCUCCCUAUGUCUGUGUGAACUCAUCUGGGACCAUUAAGCCUACCCAGGUGGUUUCCACAUGCAAUUUAGAGACAAACGCUUUUCCAUUUGAUAUGCAGAACUGCAGCCUAACUUUCAGUAGCAUCCUGCACACGGUGGAAGAUGUAGACCUGGCCUUCCUGAGAGAAGAAGACAUUAAGCAUGACAAAAAGGAAUUUUUGAAGGACAGUGAGUGGGAGCUUCUUUCUGUGUCCUCAACAUACAACAUCCUGCAGAGCAACACUGGAGAUUUUGCACAGAUUCAGUUUAACGUGGUGAUUCGCAGGCGCCCACUGGUCUACGUCAUGAGCCUGCUGAUUCCCAGCAUCUUCCUCGUGCUCGUGGAUCUGGGAAGCUUUUACCUGCCACCCAUCUGCCGAGCCAGGAUUGUGUUCAAGACCAGUGUGCUGGUGGGCUACACCGUCUUCAGGGUCAACAUGUCUGAUGAGAUGCCAAGGAGCGCAGUGAGCACCCCUCUGAUUGGAGUCUUCUUCACAAUUUGCCUGGCCUUCUUGGUUCUCGGCUUAUUUAAGUCCAUCCUAUUGGUCACAUUCCUCCAUGAUGAGUGCAGCAGUGAGCAAGAGUGGCCCCUCUCAUGCCUUCAAGGGGACAUUGACGCUGACGGGCCUAGAAGAGAUCCCCAAGCCCAGCCUGCUGGGGUGACAGAGCCCUCGCUCUGUCGAGAACACCAGGCCAGUCAGAGACCCUGAAGAAGUCUCGUUCCAGCUUAAGUCCCUCAGCACUACUUCCAAACCUGGGACCAGGAGGACGACAAGAGGUUAAGUGCUGGCCUUCCUGGAACGUUUUGAACGACUGCUCUUUAAAGCGUGCUCGUCGUGCUGGGGCUCUAUGCCGUGAGCCUGUGCUCCCUCUGGGCGCUGGGGAGCAGCUUGUGAAGACUGGAGGCUGUUGGUCUCACCCAACUUCGCUUUCUCGUUAGUGCUCAAACGCCAAUUGUCCAUGAAAUUCCGCUGCUGCUGUUAAUGAAAUGAGGAACAUAAGAAGUUUGUGAACAGGAAGUGUCCGUGCAACCUCCACCUGUUUCCCUCCUCACUUCCUCCUCUGCCUCCGCCUGCUCAGUUAGCUUCUCGAUCGAUCCCUAGAUGUCUCUUCACUUCCUCCGCUGUCACGGGGGAAAAGGCUUGCAGUGAACUCCCCGCUGCGUUGUCUCCUUCCUUUCCAGUUGUCCUUGGGGAAAGCGUCUGGUUUUGGUCCCAGCUCCGUCACUGUCCAACCAGGAGACCUUGAGCGUGAUUUCUCAGAGCUUCGACUAUGCGACACGGGUUGCUUAUACUUACUCCACCAAAUCACAGAACUUUGAGGAGUGGAAUGAAGCAAUGUAUUUAACAGCACUUUAAAAAGUAACUAAUACAUCACAAAUAAAAAUAAGACCUGCCUGCUGUCCACAGAUGGACUGUA